UUUUUACAGGUCUCAUUUGCAAUGACAUUCAGGGUUUCCAGGGGAAGCAGCCCCUAUGUUUCCCCACAAUUAAAUACCCCCUCUUCCUUCAUUGCAACCACCCCCACACUGUAUUUACCCGCAUAUUUAACGUGUGGGUGGAAUUAAUAAAGAGGCCUCUUAAUCCAGCAAAUCCCAUAAUUAUUAUAAUUAAAACGUAGAUUAGAGUAAUCCUCUGAACAGCUGUCAUGGCAUUUUCUGCAUGUUUAUAAAGCUUCACGAGAACUGGGAAAUCCUUUUCGUUUGAAAAGCGCUGCGUACGGUCUUAAAACAGCGAACAAGGAUCUAUAUUAAAAAUGGGAUACUUUUUUGAAAUCUCUCGCAAGGAACCGAUCGAAGAAUUUUACGAACUUGGGCGCGAACUUGGCAGAGGUGCUUCAUCUGUCGUAAGGCUUUGCACGCAGAAGGCGACCAAAAACGAAUAUGCUGUAAAGAUCUUGAAAAAGAACGUUGAAACAAAGAUAGUUCAAACAGAAAUAGGAAUAUUGUUGAGGCUAAAACAUCCAAACAUAAUCCAGCUAAAAGAUUUAUUUGAAACAGAGAGUCAACUUUAUAUUAUCCUGGAACUUGUAAAAGGAGGAGAGCUGUUCGAAAGGGUGGUGGAAAGAGGCUGUUAUACUGAAAGAGAUGCAGCAACUGCAGUGAGGGAGUUGUGUGAAGCAGUUUCAUACCUUCACGAAAACGACGUUGUACAUCGUGAUUUAAAGCCAGAAAAUCUUCUCUACGCCAGCGAUUCGGACGAUUCUGGUCUAAAGUUGGCCGACUUUGGGCUGUCGAAGAUGUUGACAACUGAUGUACUUAUGCAGACCGUGUGUGGUACUCCGGGAUACUGUGCUCCUGAAGUCCUUUUAGGAAAACAAUACGGACGCGAGGUUGACAUGUGGGCUGUCGGAGUCAUUGCAUACAUUUUGCUUUGUGGCUUCGAGCCUUUCUACGACGAACGAGGUGACCAAGCAAUGUUUCAGAGAAUUUUGAAGUGCGAUUUUGAAUUCGUGGAACCUUGGUGGGACGAUAUUUCGCUAAGUGCUAAGGACUUGGUGAAGAAACUUAUUGUUCUAGAUCCAGCCAAACGGCUGACAGCAAAGCAAACAUUACACCAUCCUUGGGUUCAAGGUAAAGGGGCGAAGUUGGACCACAUGAAGAGAACACAGGAAAAACUUAAAGAGUUUAACGCGAGAAGGAAGCUUAAAGCAGGAAUGUACGGUGUCAUGCUUGUGCAAGAUAUGACCGUCAGAGCUGGAAGAAGAGCGAGUGCUGUCAAGGACGAAUAGAAAUGAUCAUCUUCCAACCGACAUAUAUGUUUGUAUGCCAAGUGCAGGACAACAUUUAUGUUCAAAUCAGCAGCACUGCUUGCAAUGAUGAUGUCUUUAUGAGAAAAACCGUACGAGCCAUAUUUUGGUAUUUCGUGGAAUUCCGGAGAGAGACGCGAUGUAUCCACUAUUAAUCCUGAGUUUGGGGAUGCUUUGGUGCGGUUUAAGUUCCAUGAAAUUGGGGUGAAUUUCAACCUGACUUUGGAAGAGACUCGAGCAUUUUUAGGGGUUACUUUCUCGUCGUGUUUUCUGUGAAUUUUUCAACGAAUUUUGAAAGACUCUGGGAAUUUUUCGGAGACUGUUUUAUGUUUUUUGAGCUCUGCACCUCGUUUUAGCCCCGUCGUUUUAGCCACGCUUUUAAGUACCGUGAAAAAAUUUAUUUUUUUGACGCUGGCCUGCAAGUAUAUAAAUUAAUAGAAAUGUUUUUUCGAGGAUAGGCUACCUCAUGUCCACGCUGUUGCUAAGUUAGGGAAUCUUCAAUUUAACGUUACCAGUACCAAGUUACCGGACUGAAGCCCACUUUGCAACAAUAUAGCUACGUGAUGUAUCCUUGGACUCGGAAAUAUAUUUACAAUCUUGUGUUGAAUGCUACAAGAGUCUCAUAUUCAGAGGUAUAAAGCAGAUGUAAUUUCGCACAGGCUAGACGUUUUACUUUCAAUUAAAAUCUUGAGAUUUAAUAUUUUCAA